AUGGGCAAGAAGAAGGUUCUCCUGAUGGGCAAGUCCCGAUCAGGCAAGACCUCGAUGCGCUCCAUCAUCUUUGCAAACUACGGCGCCAAGGAUACCAUCCGCCUCGGGCCUACUCUUGACGUGGAGCACUCGCAUGUCAGGUUUUUGGGGGACAUGGUGCUGAACCUUUGGGACUGCGGGGGGCAGGACUCGUUCUACGAGACGUACUUCAACUACCAGCAGGAGUUCAUCUUCCGCUCCGUGGAGGUGUUGAUCUACGUCUUCGACGUGAUGAGCGAUGACGUUGCCGGCGACCUUGAGCGAUACCGGGGGGUGUUGGAGGCGGUGGACCGUAACUCCUCAGAUGCGAGGGUGUUUGUGCUGAUCCACAAGAUGGAUCUCGUUACGGAGGAGGACCGAGAGGUUGUCUUCUUGAACCGAAAGCAGGUAAUCUCGGACGUUAGCGGCGGCGUGGAGCUGACGUUCUUCAUGACGUCGAUUUGGGACGAGACCCUGUACAGGGCGUGGUCUUCGAUCGUGUACUCUCUUAUCCCGAACAUGGAGGUGCUCGAGAGCCACCUCGACAACUUCUGUGAUAUUUGCGGGGCCGAUGAGGUGGUUUUGUUCGAAAGGGAGACGUUCCUGGUGAUCGCGCACGCGAAGCAUGUGCAACACCCGGAUGUUCACCGAUUCGAGAAGAUCUCCAACAUCGUCAAGCAGUUCAAGCUUAGCGUUAGCAAGACCAGCCUCAAGUUCGAGGGAAUGAUGGUGAAGAACUCGAACUUUACGGUGUUCAUCAGCGACUUCACGGAGAACACGUACAUCAUGGUGGUGACGACCAGCCCGCUGGUCGAGAAGGCCACCACCGAGCUCAACAUCAAGGCGGCGAAGAAGCACUUCGAGAGGUUGCUGGUCAAGCCGGAGGACCUCGGGCACCACGAGAUGAACCACCACCACCACCAGCCGGGCCAAGUCGCGUGA